CCCUGCUGAGACUCUCAUAGUUAUCAGAGAAGUUAGAGGAGGAAGAAGAAGUUGUUUCUUGUACUGGACAGUAAAUCAAGAAUGUAACCUUCAUUUUAAACAGAUUGAUUUGAGCAAAUUCUUACUUUUGAAUACUCUUUUGUCAGGACAUACCUGCUGGGAUGACAUAAAUUCUUGGGAAUAACUCGAGUUGAAGUUCCUGUUGGGAUGAACUGGGAAUAGACCAGCCCACCUAAACACACCUGGUGACACACCACCUCCCACACAGCCCACAUCACACAGGGAGCAGACAUGGUGACGGUUAAAGAGCUACUUUUGGAAACACUGGAAGAUUUAUCAAAAGACAAUCUAAAAUCUUUCCAGUUUUACCUGCCUGAAGUCCAUGGCUUCCCCCCAAUCCCAAAAUGCUUGCUAGAGGACGCAGACAGGCAAGACACGGUGAAUGUGAUGGUGCAGAAUUACAACCAACAGGCUGUCGAAGUGGCCAUGAAGAUAUUAGGGAAGAUAGGCAGGAAAGAUCUGGUGCAGGAUUUGUCAAAGAGAACCUCAGAACUAAAAGGGGAUGUCAGUGAUAUUUUGGAGACUCCAGAGGACACAGGAGCUUCCACCAUUCCACCACAGGCUUCUCCUCUUCCUCACCCUCCCAGCGACAGCAGUCAACCGAAAGAACAGAUUGAAAUGUACCAACGCAAACUCCAAGAUUACCUCCAGAGUGAGGUUAUGUGUGUUCAAGAGGGCAUGACAGAGACGAAGGACAAGCAGCGUCUGGAUAGCAUCUACACAGAGCUGUACAUCACAGCCGGGGGGGAUAUACACAUCAAUAAACAGCAUGAGAUCCGGCAGCUCGAAAUACAAGGGAGGGUUGAAGAGACAGAGAUUCCAAUCGAACCAAGUAACAUAUUCAAAAGCGCUACCGGAAACCACAAACCCAUAAGAACGGUGCUGACGACUGGAAUUGCAGGAAUCGGCAAAACAGUCCUUGUUCAAAAGUUUUUGUUGGACUGGACCGAGGGAAGAACGAAUCAAGAUGUGCACCUCAUAUUUCCCUUCACUUUCCGAAAACUGAAUUUACUGAAGGGAGAAAGGUUUCUUUUGGCAGAGCUAAUCCACACGUGUAUCCGGGAAACCAAACACAUCACGAAGAAGGAACUUAAUGACAUCUUCACAAAACUGCAAGCAUCAGCACACAGUGAUUUUAACAAGAGUGAAAUUAAACUUCUGUUUGUGUUUGAUGGACUGGAUGAAAGCCGCCUUCGGCUGGACUUUACUCGCGGUGAACGGCUGCCAGCUGACUUCGAUGUGAUGCAGUCAGCCUCAGUGGAUGUGCUGCUGACAGCACUCAUCGAGGGCAGCCUGCUUCCCGCUGCUCGAGUCUGGAUAACCACACGACCUGCAGCCGCCGACCAGAUCCCUCGAGAAUUUGUCCACAGCAUGACAGAGGUGAGAGGAUUCACUGAUCCACAGAAGGUGAAGUACUUUGAGAAGAGAUUCCCAGAUGUAAAGCAAGCCGGCAGAAUCAUCUCCCACAUCAAGUCAUCACGAAGCCUCUUCAUCAUGUGCCACAUCCCAGUCUUCUGCUGGAUCACUGCCACAGUUCUAAAGGAUGUCUUGAAGACCAGAACAAGGGACCUGCCCAAAACCCUGACUGAGAUGUACACAGAGUUCCUGGUGUUUCAGAUCGCCCAGACAGAAGACAAAUGUGGCACAAAAAAGAGCAUUAAGUACAUCCAGUUAUUGGCAAAACUAGCUUUUCGCCAGCUGCAGAAAGACAACCUGAUCUUCUACGAGAAAGACCUGAAAGACAGUGGUAUUAAAAUCUCUAAACUCGCAAAAUACUCUGGCGUUUUCACAGAGGUCUUUAAAGAGGAGCGUCGGUGGAGGAGGGACGACGACAAGGGCAGAAUGUUCAGCUUUGUCCACCUGAGCCUUCAGGAGUAUCUGGCUGCCCUUUACGUGGUCAUGUCACUCAUUAACGACAACAAGAACGUCCUGUCAGAGCCAGAGAUAACACUGGAGAGUCUGUGGAUGCUUUGCAAGAGAAAACCCAUGACAGAAGUCCACGAGAUUGCAAUUGACCAAGCCUUACAGAGUUCAAAUGGGCACCUGGACUUGUUCCUACGCUUCCUCCUGGGCCUCUCCCUGCAGACCAAUCAGGAUCUCCUUCAGCGCCUGUUGAAGAUGACAAAAAGCUUCUCUCAGUCCAACCACACAACAAUCCAGUCCAUCAAGGAGAGGAUCAGGGAGAAUACCUCUCCAGAGAGGAGCAUCAAUCUGUUCUUCUGUCUGAAUGAGCUGAGAGAUGACUCUCUACAAGGGGAGAUCCAACAGGCCAUGACUUCAGGAAGGCUUUCCACAGAAAAUCUCUCUCCUGCUCAAUGGGCAGCUCUGGUCUUCAUCUUACUGUCAUCGGAAGAAGCGGUGGAGGUGUUUGACCUGAAGAAAUACUCUGCUUCAGAGGAGGGUCUACGGAGGCUGCUGCCAGUGGUCAAGGCCUCCAACAAAUCGCUGCUGAGUGGCUGUAAAUUGUCAGUGAACAGCUGUGAUGCUCUGGCCUCCGUCCUCAUGUCUCAAUCUUCUAAACUGAGAGAGCUGGACCUGAGUGACAAUGACCUUGAAGAUUCAGGGGUGAAGCUUCUCUGUGAAGGACUGCAGAGUCCACAUUGCACCCUGCACACUCUCAGACUUUCAGGCUGUAUGAUCACAAAGGACGGCUGUGAUUUUCUGGCCUCAGCUCUGAAGUCCAACCCCUCCCAUCUGAAGGUGCUGGACCUGAGCUACAAUCAUCCAGGAGACUCUGGAGUGAUGCUGCUGUCUGCUGGACUGAAGAAUCUAAACUGGGGACUGGAGACUCUAAACCUCGAAAAUGGUGGAGCACAAAGAUUGAAGCCUGGUCUGAGGAAAUAUGUCUGUGAACUCACACUGGAUCAAAACACAGCCCACAGAAACCUCCAACUUUCUGACAACUCCACGAAGGCGACAGCUGUGAGAGAGAAGCAGCCGUAUCGCCACCACACAGAGAGAUUCGACUGCUGGCUUCAGGUGCUGUGUGGCACUGGUCUGGCUGGUCGCUGUUACUGGGAGGUGGAGUGGGAAGGCCGGGUUUAUAUAGCGGUGACAUAUGGAGGAAUCAGACGGAAAGGAGAGGGAGCUGACGGCUGUUUGGGAGCGAACGAUCACUCCUGGAUGCUGCUCUGUGACGAAGAUGGUAGUUACACUGUCCGGCAUGAAGACAGAAAUACAUCCAUUCGUCUCCCUUCAUCUACGGCGACAAACAGAGUCGCAGUGUUUCUGGACUGUCCUGCUGGCAUUCUGACCUUCUACAAAGUGGACUCUCAAACCAUGAUCCACCUCCACACCUUCAAAACCACAUUCACUGAGCCUUUAUACCCUGCGUUUGGGUUUGGGUUUGGGAACGGAUGCUUCGGUUCCUCAGUGUCCUUAUGUGAGGUGGAAGACAGCAUCUUCGCGUCCAGGUGUUGAGUGAAGAAAGUCACUCGUUCACCCUGUACGGGAUCACAAACUAUGACGGAGUAUUAGGGCCACAUUGAGGAAAAAAUAAAUAAAUCUGAGAUUUAAGUAAUAGGUUUACAAUAAAAAAAGCUGUAAUAUUAUGAGAAUAACAUUGUGAAUCUGACGUAGACUUUUCUUAGGACCUUUCUCAAGAACAAACUUAGGAAGACAUUGGUGAUUGAGGCCCAAUGAGUUUUCAUGCACUUACAGAAACUGAUUAUGUAAAUGAGAGACCUGGUUUUCUUUGUCACGUUUGGGUACAAGGGAAAACUGUCAGAACCGGACCAAAAUGAGUAGCCUGAUUUCUAUGGGCAAGAGCUUUUAUGUGUCCAGUGAUAAAAUAGUGUAGGAUAUUUGCAUAUCAACAAUGUAUUCGUUAAAAGAUGUAUGAAAUACUGAUGUCCACAAAUCCAUUCAGUGAUGAAGACCUUGUGAUACGGUUAAAAGCUCCCGAUGAAGCUUGUAAGUGGACAUUGAGUUGGUAUCGUUAUGGAUGAAAUCAAAGCAGCUACUGAGCUUGCACGUCAACAGAUCCAUCUCCAUGACAACUGAACGAACCCUAUCUGAUGAUGAAGACCAAGGGAUGCGAUUUAAAGCUCCAGAAAAAGGUAGUCCAGGACCUGUAUGUGGACCUUGAGUUGGAGUUGGAGUUGUUUUUUUAACUAUAUAAAGCUUUUGGAACAUUUCCCUAAAAAUGUUUGUAGAAAAUGUCAUUGUAAUUUCAGCCACAAAAAUGAAACAUGAUUUUGGUGGCUAUGGGGCAAUUCAUCAAGGUCUUUAUUUUUUGUUGUAUUUGAAAAAUACAAUCUCGCAAAAUUAUAGUAAAUAAAUGUGUACAGCCCAGCUUGUGGCUUUUGUGAC